AUGACUAAUCUACUAACAUCAUUAAAUAUUCGAGGGGAGAAGAUACUACUAAUCGGAUAUUCAAAUGUGACCAAUCUACGAAUCAACUCAAUAAUAGAGUCUCAUGCAUACCCCAUACUUGUGAUUCCUGAAGACUUUACUAUACCAACGAGCGUCAAACAACAUCAAACCAGUGGUAAAUUAGUGGUGAUUGAUGACUCAGAAUAUGCAUCUAAUAUUGGUCAUUACCUAACAAAGAUAGGGCGCCUGGAAGUGGAUGAGGUCAUAGAUCGAGUGUUUGUUACUCUUCCCCAACAUCAAAUGAACUUAAAGGAGGAAAUUUUCAGGCGUUGUAAACGAUUAAGAAUACCAAUAAAUACGACAGACUCGCCACAGUUUAGCUCAUUUACGCUAUUGUCCUCAUUCACGCAUGGUGAUUUCCAGCUUGGAGUUACAACAAAUGGAAAAGGUUGCAAAUUAGCAUCAAGGUUGAAAAGGGAAAUAGUCAACAAAUUGCCAAGUGAUAUAGAUCUCAUUUGUGACAAGGUUGGGGAAUUGCGCCGACAGAUUCAAAUUGAAGAUGAGGUAGACUUUGACAUUGGAGACGACGACGAUGACUCUGUAAAUACACACAAAUUUAAUUCAUUAGUUCAAGAGUUUAACCAAACACAAGAAGAAAUCAAGGGAAGGAGGAAUCGAUGGCUAUCACAAAUUGUCGAAUAUUAUCCAUUAUCGAAAUUGGCUACAUUAUCCAUUGAAGAUCUACGUUUUGCCUACGAUAAAUACAAGCGUGAUAAUAAGCAAGAAGUCGAAUGCGAAUUGCUGCCUAAGAAGGGCAAAAUUGCACUUGUUGGAAGCGGACCUGGGUCAGUGGCCUUAUUAACUUUGGGAGCGUUGCAGACCAUUCACCAAGCUGAUUUAAUCUUAGCUGACAAGUUGGUUCCGCAAGAAGUCCUUGAUCUCAUACCGAAAAAUCAUGGUCCAGAAUUGUUUAUUGCUCGAAAAUUUCCUGGAAAUGCUGAACGUGCUCAAGAAGAGCUAUUAACAUUGGGCUUACAAGCUCUCCAAAAGGGAAAGUUUGUUUUGCGAUUGAAACAAGGAGAUCCAUACAUAUUUGGACGUGGAGGAGAAGAGUACAACUACUUUGCGGAGCAUGGGUAUGAACCAAUUGUUAUUCCAGGAAUUUCAUCAGCAUUGGCGGCGCCAGUAGUUGCUGGUAUACCAAUGACACAUAGAGAAGUUGCUGAUCAAGUAUUAAUCUGCACUGGUACCGGUAGAAAGGGUGCCGUACCCAACUUACCUUCAUUUGUACCCAGUCGAACAACAAUCUUCCUUAUGGCAUUGCAUAGAAUUGUUGAGUUAAUUCCAGUAUUAAUUGAAGAGAAAGGAUGGCUACCAGACUUGCCUGUGGCCAUAGUUGAACGUGCAAGCUGUCCUGACCAGCGUGUAAUUCGCACAACCUUGGCGAAACUUGGAGAAGCAGUGGAACUGUGUGGAUCAAGACCACCUGGGUUAUUAGUCACAGGAUAUGCAUGUGAAUUGAUUCAUAAAAACCUCAACCUCAAAAAUUGGUUAGUCUCUGAAGGCUUCCAAUAUGACUUUAAUAACUACAAAAUAUCUGUAGCAUAG